AUGUUUUUCUCUCUCGUAGGGAAAGUGAUUGAAGUUGCCUGUGACAUGUCGAGCGCUAAGACGGUGCCCGAGUUGGAGGCCACCCUGAAAAAUGUGACGCAGCAGCUGGAGAAGUUCCAGUACCUGAACAAUCAGGGCCUGUACAACGCACUACACCUGACCCAGCUCAGCCAAGAGAUCCAGCAGCUACAUGACACCAUGAAUAACGUAGAACUGGACAAAGCCGGAGGGGAGGCACAGCAGAUACGCACAGAGUUGCAGAAGUUUCACAGAGAUGUGAACAAGAUGUACAGCAAAAAUGUCUUCAACCUAGAAACAAUGAGGGAGAAGCUGCGGUCCCUCAGUAACCGCGUCCAGAACUGCAGGACCAUCCCAAAGACUUCAGGAGUAAGAUUUUAUUGUUCUGAGCGCAUGAUGAGAAAUAUCACUGCGCCAGUGGUCACUAAGAUGAAUCCAUUCAGUUCGUUCUACAUUGCUGGAGCAUGGGGUCAUGACUUCGACAAUGAUGGUGAAGAAACGUACUGGAUCCAGCCUCUAGCUAGUGGGAACAGGUUGGGCAUCACUGUGCGCUUCUACCAGACUUACGAGGACUUCAUGGCUGAAAGGAACCACAGAGAUGAAUCACUGGUUAAUUCAUACACUCACUCUAAUGCAAUUCAGGGACCAGGGACCAUCGUUUACAAGGGCGUUGUGUAUUAUCAGUGCUAUAACUUGCCUGAUAUCUGUGCCUUUGAUUUGAAAACCAAGCAAUUCCGACGCCUUGCGCUUCCUAAUGCUGGAUUCAACAACAAAUUCCCCUACUGCUACUACAGCUGCUUCGACUGGACAGACAUCAACCUCUCAGCUGAUGACAAGGGUUUGUGGGUAAUGUACGCCACGGAAGCUAACCACGGGAACGUGGUCGUGAGUCGAGUGGACACUGAAGGCUUCAACAUAACACACACGUGGAAGACACGCCUGUUCAAGCGUUCAGCGACCAACGCCUUCAUGGUGUGUGGGGUGCUUUACGCAACUCGCUACAUAAACACUUAUAAAGAGGAAGUGUUCUACGCCUUCGACACGACCAUAGGGAUGGAGGACAACACACUCUCGCUCCCUAUGGAGAAGGUGGCAGCGGGUGUCGCCAACCUUCACUACAACCCCACAGACAUGAGGCUCUACAUGUACAAUGGUGGCUACAUGCUCGCCUACCAAGCUUACUUCUGAAAGGCUAGAUUAAAAUAUGCAAUACGUGCAGUGUAUGAUAAGCAUAAACACGACAUGAUUUUCACUAUGGUAUAGCAUCUGACUGAAACUUCAUUAAAUGCUUUAAAGCACUGCAAUGGCAGUGAAAGUGUUUAAAUUUCAGUUGUUAACAGGACCAUACUCUGCUUUUU